UUGGCCCUGCCUCGUGCCUAGUGCCUGGUGUGGUCACUUUCAACAGUCGCCAAAAGUCCCACUCCCAUGUCCCAAUUCAGUCAUUAGUUAAUUCCUGUAAUACAGACCUUGUUCUUAGUUCUAUAAAGAACUUGAUGUAUGCUGGUUUCUUUUAUUACCUGCCUUUGUGAGUGUCAAGUGAUAUGUACUACAUCAAGGUAGGUAUUAACGUUAGGAAUAUUUUCUACUGACAAUUUAAUGCAUUUUCACAUUUUUCCUCAGGUCUUAUGCUAGUUGAACAUGGGAUCCGUUACUGAAUGUGUCAGAUGGAGUGAUUACAGCUCAUCUGUGUCGACGAGCUUCUUCCAGUUCUGGCAAGAUGGCCUGUUUACUGACGUCACGGUGGCGGUGCCGGGCGGCGCGCCGGUGUCCGCCCACCGGGCCGUGCUGGCGGCCCGCUCGGCCGAGCUGCGCACGCUGCUGGCGCACCCCGCAGCCGGCCAGCAGCCGCUGCUGCUGCUGCGCGGCGUGUCUGCUGACCAGCUGCGGCUGCUGCUGCAGCUGCUCUACACCGGGCGCGUGCAGGCCGAUCAGCACCAGCUGCACGAUUUGCUGGAGUUGUGUCGAGAGCUCGGCGUGCAGGGACUGAACUCUGACUCCCUCUGUUCUCUCGGAGCCGAGCGCGGUGUGCCUCACAUGGACAUGGAAUCCGACUUGGGCCAGACGCCAGUUGCAGCACAGCCCUCACCGGCAGCAGUUGGGUCUGUAACAGCGCCGAAAGUGGUCCAAACACCUAACACAGAGGAGCAGCCGGCGACUGCAGCGACCCUAAGGAUAGCCCUGGACGCAGCAGAGGGACUCACUGUGGAGGCAUCUCGUGCAGAGCCGACGAAAGCGGAGCCGGCGGAAGCGGAAGCGGCGAAAGCGGAGCCGGCGGAAGCGGAGCCAGCGGAAGCGGAACCAGCGAAAGGCAGUCGGUUUGGGCUCCCUGCCGGCGAUUCCGCGUGCUGGCUGCCGUCUGACCGGCCGCGCUCACGUGACGACUACUCUCCCGUGUCGCCCUCUGCCCCCGCCGUGUCCCGGUCCUGCACUCCGGUCACAGACAGAGCUGACUCUGAGGCAGAGGAGGCUACCGAGCGGCCACUGCUGAGGUCGACCAGUGCCACAUCUGGGGAGAACGGCCACGAACCGGGCGUCGGACCGCACUGGGAACGCAAGCCGCCGGACGUCACUGGCUCGGAGGCGGCGUAUCGGCAUGUCUCCUCGCUGCUGGAGGCACUGGACCGUCGCCAGCUGUUGCAGCUGCGCGCGCAGGCCGACCAAAUCAUGCACCCGGACUUCACCUCGUGGCUGCCGGACGAGCUUCUGGUGAACAUCCUCUCCCGUCUCUCUCCGCGGGACCUACUGGUGGCCGCGGGCACCUGCCGCCGCUGGCAGGCGCUCUCUGAGGAUGACGGCCUCUGGAGGCGGUGUCUGCGGCUCACCGGAGCGGCUCUGCCCGCCACCGGGCCAGGCCAGCCGGCCUCGCUGUCCCGACUGUACUGUAUCCGCCACCUGGCCUGGACCGAGCUGCCGCUGCCCGCACCCAAGCGCCUGAAGGGCCACGAGUCUGUGAUCCGGUGUAUGGCUGUGGACGGCGAUCGAAUCGUCACCGGCUCCAGCGACAAAACCGUCGGAAUCUGGUCAGCCUCCCUCGGCCGACUCGAGUGCCGUCUGCGCACGGAGAGCGAAAUCACCUGUGUCCAGGUGGAGGGCGACACGGUGGUCACCGCCGGCCGAGACUGCACCAUCGGUGUGUGGAGCGUGGCGCACGGCUGGCGACGCCACCGACUGUACGGCCACGCCGGCAUCGUCUGGAGCGUGGCGCUGCGGGGCGGAAGAGCGGCGAGCGGCUCGGACGACAAGACGGUCCGUUUCUGGGACGUGGAGGCCGGACGCCAGGAGGCAUUAAUACGUGGCCACGAGACGGUCGUGCGGGCCGUCUGCUUCGACGGCCAGUGGGUAGUCUCUGGGGAUGAUGCCGGGCGUGUACAGCUUUGGAACGCCGGCCGAGGAAUAGUCGAAACUGUGUGGCAGGCGCGCAGCCGAUACGUCAUGGUCCUGCAGCACGCGCACGGUGUGGUGGUGAGCGGCCACGGCGACGGCUCCAUCAACGUCUGGGACGUGGCCACGCGCCGACUGCGUCACGAGCUGCGCGCGCACGCCGGCUGGGUGACCGACCUGGCCGUCUCCGACCAGGGUCUGCUGCUCUCCGGGUGUAAGGACGGCACUGCCAUCCUCUGGAGGCUGGCCAGCGGCGCAGUACUGCACAAGCUGUCGGGCGUUCACGGGCACCGACAGCGGGUGACGGCCGUCCGCCUCCUGCGAGGCCUGGCAGUGACCGGCUCACGCGAUGGCUGGGUCAAACUCUGGAACAUGGGUACCGGCGCGCUGGUCCGUAACCUGGUCACUCCGGAGGUCAGCGGGGGUCCGGUCAAACAUGUGUGGGUUGGUCCCGAUCGACUGGUCUGCGGCGUGCAGAAUAACGCCUCCGACCGGCCGCAAGUACUGGUCAUGGAGAUGGCGAUGCGCACGGCAGAUGGCGCCUUGGUCUGUGGUAUAGAGGACAUCGUAGUCGGUGCAACGGGCGGUAAUGGCGGGAAGAAUGAAUAGGUGGUUUAUAUUUGCAGUAGAUGCAGGGGCGUAGCCAGGGGGCAAAGGGUCCAUGCCCCCCUCCUAGAGCCCAAAAGGGCCCCAUCGCGCCAGGCCAGGGGCCCCUAUUGGAAUAGGGCCCCUGGCUGACACAGUGUGCCCUUGGCGACGCAAAGGCCCCUGCCUCAGAUCCUUUGACGCAGCUGCGUAGCCAUUAUCUGGCCAAGGGAGCCACAAUUUUAGAGCCCUGGGGCCCUAUUGAGACCAGGGGACCCGGGUUGAUGGGAUGGGUCCAACGGUGUGUACACAAACUCAAUGUAUAAAUAAUAUGCAUAUUUUAUGGUAGAACAUCUGAAGGGGCCUCUGUUAGUCUAAAGGAACCGCUAUUGCAUGAGGGGUCCUUUUUGGACCCAGAGGGCCUUACGUCGGUCUGAGGGGCCCCGAUCGGCCUGAGGGGCCCAGCUUUGUUCGUCCGAGGGGGCCUCGAUCAACUGGAGGGACUUUAUCCCCACCUGAGGAGGUCCUCUAUCGACAUGAGGGGCCUCUGCCAGUCUUAGGGGUCUUCUCCCGACCUGGAAGAGCCCUCUGUUCACCUGAGGGGUCCUCUGUUGAUCUGUUGGUUUCCGAGUGUUGGUCUGAUCCAAUGUCAUUUGAGGGAUCUCAGAUAGGAUCCACUGUCGAUCUGAGGGGCCCCUAUCGGUUGGAGGAGGCCCUCAAAUAACCCGAACGAGCCCUUAGUUUGUCUGGAGGGACCUCCGUCGGGUCCUCCUGCAAGUGCAAGGGGUCUUUUGUCGGUCUGAGUGGCCCUUAGACGGCUUACAUGACCCUCAGACGGCUUACAUGACCCUCAGACGGCUUACGAGGCUCUCAUGGGCUGUAGGGGCCUUUGACGGUCUGAAGAACCCUCAUCCGGCCUACGGGGGUCCUCAGACCGCCUUCAGAACCGGCUGAGCGACUCUAUGAAGCUAUUCCUUGGCCUAUCUAGCAGGGGCCCAUUGAUAGCUUGCCCCCUCAGUUCUAUCAUUUUUUUUCAUUUUUAAAAUAGACAUUUUUCAAUUUAUUUGGCCCCCCCUCUAAAAAAUAGUGGAUGAAAUCCGAUGACUUUUUGUAUCUUGAGGGGGUUUCCGGUUUACCUUGGGCCCUGCAAUUUUGCCCCCCCCCCCCCCUUGGACGAUAUCCUGGCUACGCCCCUGAGAAGAUAAUGAACAACACUACGUCGCAAAUAUUUUUGAGUUUUUAAAAAAUGUGGAAGAAGUGACUGUCAACUGUCAAGGCAUUUUGGUACAAACAAUGCCCCAAUUUUUAGCAGGCAUAGGGGGGAUAGGGGCGGGGAUAGCAUUUAGUGUAUCAUGGCUCGCGCGUAUUUGGUGGGCAAUGGCCAACUAAGAAUGCCGCGAAAUGCAAUGAAGUGAGCUUGAAUCAGUCUAGAGGCUGCGAUAGUGUAGAUCUUAUAUGUAUUAUGCAUAUGGGGUAGGUAUGAAAAGUUUACAAAACUGAAUGAAUCGCCUAGUCAAAUAUGCUGUUACUUCUUUACACAUGCGAAGACAAACUUAUUGACCUACUGCGUUUAUUCUAGAAGCUGUGAUUCUAGGCUAGUCGCGAAUUCGAGGCUAUAACUUGUUAAAUUGUCAUCGCGCCAGUCCUGCAUAAUUUUGCGGGAGAUCUGGGUGUUACGUCCGUAUGGCGCACAUGCAUGUUGUGUUUGGACGCUGUAUGUGCGCUUAGGGCUGCUUACUGCUACCUUUACUGUGAUAGUGUACCAUGUAGGCCAUGAGUAUGUUUGAUAUAUCGGCGGCACUCAGUGUUGGUAGAAAAAGGUGUUGACUUUCUAAAAGGUGUUCCGUUCAAAACUGGAUCUUAGGGGAGUUUCCCCAUCGUUCUUUUAGUACAAGUUCUGUCCUUAAAUGCAUUGCUGCCUUCUUACUCAAGUUUUGACAGAUAUGUAAAUGUGUCCCCAUUUGUCAUAGUCAACGUUUAUGUAAUAGGUUACGUUUAUGUAACCUUUUGCCUACCUUAUAACGUAUACAGGUUGCCUGCCUGUAACCUUAUAAGGUUAGUGUAAACGAAUUUAUGUGAAGUGUACCAACUGCCCAGUGGUGUAUGUUUUAUUGUAUGCGUAUGGCUGUCACUGGAUAUCUCCGAGCAUAGCUGCGGAAUAAUGGAUAAAUCCUUGAAGGCCUUGUGUGUCAAAUAUAUUUCGAAUGUCAC